GUUUGUUACUUCGUCAAUUCCGGAUCUGAAGCGAACGAUUUGGCGUUGACUUUGGCACGAUUGCACACGGGUCGUUUCGAUGUGUUGACUUUGCGAAAUGCUUAUCACGGACUAACGCAAGCAGUUCAGGGCGCUUCCAAUCUUGGUACCUGGAAGCAACCCUUCCCAAACGGGUAUCAAUCUUAUUCGAUCGAAACUUCAUCUGUUUAA